AUGCUGGAUGACAAGGAAAUUGACGACGCAGCCAAUCGGCUGGCCGAUUAUCGAAGGAACGACGCCUUAAACGACAUCCUGGCCCACUAUGAGACCCUUCUGAGCGACUACAAACGCCUCAAGAGCGACUAUGAGGAGGAGCGAGAGGCUCGAGAACGCUGGAAGCGGCAGGCUCGUGGCCAGGAACGCAACCCUUUCGUCCUGGUCCUUGUCGACGCCGACGGUUAUGUUUUCAAUGAUGAAUUGAUUGCGGCCGGCCAAGACGGCGGCACUCAAGCUGCUCAGCUGCUCAAUCAGACCAUCAAGGCUAGCCAGGCAAAGAAGGGACUGGAAAACUGCGAGACCAUGAUUCGCGUCUAUGCCAACGUCGCCGGCUUGUCCAAGGCCCUCGCCAAGUGUGGUCUCUUGGGUGCCGAAAAACGCUCGCUUGCCCCCUUUAUUGCAAAUUUCAACAGAUCCUACGGCCUGACUGACUUCGUCGACGCCGGAGAAUUCAAAGAAAAUGCCGAUUUCAAGCUUCGUGAGAUGCUCAGGCUCUAUGCCGAAAACGCGCAGUGCAAACACAUUUAUUUUGCCGCCUGCCACGAUGCCGGAUACCUCUCGCAGCUUACCGCCUAUCGAGGUCAAAGAGACCGCUUUACCCUUAUCAGAACCUCUGGCCUUCAUUUCCACGACGAGUUCACAAAGCUUGGUAUGGACAUCGAAGAGCUGCCCGGUGUCUUCCGGCCUACGGGUUCCGCCUUAGAUGCCUUGUACUCCAAGCCACUCCAGUCGGUAGGAAAACCUAACACGUCUUCGUCUCCAGCAAGGAGUCAACCCACAGAGUCGAGAGAGAUAUGUGCCUUCUACUCAGUCGGCAGAUGCAAGUAUGGCGAGAAUUGCAAGAACCUCCAUGUUGGCCCCACAUCCUCGACUCUUCCUCUACGGCCCUCCAAGCUGAGUCGAUCUUCUUGGCGGAAUGGAAAUGAAGCGUGUGAUACCUUCGACUAUCCCUUGCCUUCUACGACACACGUCGCUUCCAACCGAAGCUACCUAAAGCAAUCCGACGUCUUUGCCCAGCUGCCGAAGAGGGAUGAGAUACCAGACGGUCAUGUUGCCGUCAAUAGAUCCCAGCAGCGACUAGACGCUUACAUUCCCGCCCCAACGCCUGAAUCAGAGGCCCGCCUUAAGCUAAGGUCCUCCGUACGACGGCUCUGCAACACCAAACAUCUAACUGGGUCUUGCACUAAUCCGCACUGCGAGUACGACCACAACCCGCUCGACGAGGACCUCGUCCCUACCCUCGAGUGGCUUGCCAGGUCCCUACCCUGUCCCCGCCGUGAUAAGUGUCGCAACGCGGCUUGCACCGCGGGCCAUCUCUGCCAAAAGCUGGACUGUAAGAACCGCGGCGGCAAGGCCUUUUGCAGGAUUCCCUGGAGCAUGCACUUUGAUGACCUUGUUGUCGAUCGAUAUGUGCCCGCGAUUUCGCACCGGCAAACGUUCUCAUCGUUUGAGCAGUCUAUCACGCCUCCGCCAUUCAAUAUCGCAAACGGAGACGGAGACGGAGACGAAGCCGAGUACGCAGAUGAAGAUGAGGAAGAAGAAAUCCCUAGCCCUGACGGCGGCAUAUCUGUAGGUACAUAG